UCAACAACAUUACGUUCACGUGUUUUUGGAUGCACCUUCUCUUUUCUUCCAUAUGGUUCAUGUAAUUUUCUAUUUAGCAUUUGCAGACAUUGUCAAUUAUGUUGGAUGUAAGGGUUAUACGUCAACGUGGUAUUAUGCAGGCCACAAUGUGGUUCUUCGGCAUAUUGGUGCUAAAUAUCGUACUACCACUGUGUCUGGGGAAAGAAUCGACAGCAGCAGAUAAUGCGUUGGAAUCUCACUGGGUAGACUUCUGGAUGGUACGACUGUGUCUCAACAUACUUGGAUAUGCCACUCUCUUCGUACCUGGUGCUCUUCUGAUCAAAUACUUCAGGGAUAAACGCUACAAUGAAACUGCAGGCCCAGAUUUGCUAUCGCAGAUUAUCAAGAACUGUGUGUUCGGUCGGGAAACUGAGAAGGGUGUCCUGGAACAAGGCGGGUCAUCUAAAACAGGUGGUAGCAGUGACGACAAUGUUGGUCAAUAUCAGAAAUGUGGCACUCUAUUGUUCUGUGUGGCAGGCCUGCAGGGAGCCUACCUCACCUGGGGGGUCUUACAGGAGAGAAUUAUGACAUUUGAAUAUGGAAAAACUGACACGGAAGCAGGAGAAUUCUUCAAAAACUCCCAAUUUUUGGUGUUCAUCAACAGAAUUUUGGCACUAGUUAUUGGAGGUGUGGUGUUAGUGAUGAGGGCCCAGCCCCCACACAACGCUCCUUUGUUUAAGUACUCCUACAGUUCCUUCUCCAAUAUCAUGAGUAGCUGGUUUCAAUAUGAGGCCCUCAAAUUUGUCAGCUUUCCUACCCAGGUGCUUGCUAAAGCUUCCAAGGUCAUACCAGUCAUGUUGAUGGGCAAAGUAGUAUCCCGUAAAACCUACGAAUACAAUGAAUACGUCACCGCGUUGAUGAUAUCGUUUGGUAUAAGCAUGUUCCUUUUAAGCAGUGGUGAUGUGACACGGCAUAAAGGAAGUGUAACAACUGUGUCAGGGGUGAUAUUGUUAGCAGGAUACAUUCUCUUUGAUAGCUUUACAUCAAAUUGGCAGGGAGAAUUGUUCAGAAGAUACAAGAUGUCCCCCAUUCAGAUGAUGACAGGUGUAAAUUUGUUCUCCUGCCUACUUACUGCUGUCUCCCUGCUAGAACAGGGUGGAUUCUUUGAUUCUGUAGCUUUCAUGGGUCGUAACCCAGCCUUUAUAUUUCAUGCCAUGAUCUUAAGUCUUUGUUCUGCUUUUGGACAAUUGUUUAUAUUUUUCACACUCUCUAGGUUCGGACCAGUGACAUUUACAAUAAUUAUGACAAUUCGACAAGGAAUAGCUAUCUUGUUGUCCUGUGUAAUCUACGGCCAUCCAGUGACAUACAUCGGGUUUUUCGGAAUAAUGGUGGUUUUCCUCGCUCUGUUUCUUAAAAUCUAUGCAGGCCACAGGAAGAAGCAAAUUCAAAACGCCACACAACAGAGUAGUAAUGGUGUGUCGAAAGUCUGAUUCAAGUACAUGUACAUCAGGGUGUUGUAUAUUAUUUUGUAUGGAAAGUAAAUCAACUAACAGGUAACCUGGAUAUAUCUGGGACCACAUCAAGGGUGUUAAAGUUGGGUUUCCUUUAUCCAUGAAAGCGGGAAUGAAUUUUUUCUAUAUCCUUCUUUAUGACGAGAACGUAAAGGUUAACAAUACAAUUCUUUGUAGUAUACAGGGUGGGAGAUAAAAUAUGGUUACUUUACUACCAAGUUCAUGCAAGCUCGUGUCACAACAAAUGUGAAGUAUGUUACUGAUCUGUGGUACAUUUCUGUGUUUCAGUGUCAUUAUUUAACCCAUAUUCUCUUUGGAAAACACUGAUAAACAGUAUACAUGUUCAAACAUUUUUUAAUAUAUUUUUGUAUGACUAAAGAUUAUUGGCUAGUAUAUUGUUACGAGGUAAACGUGAUAGAUCUAAUGCUAUAGUUUUGCCCUAACUUACAUUUUGACUUUACCAGGACACAGUUAUAUCGUAUUCAUUUCACAGCAGUGGGGUAAUUUACAUUUAUGGGAGAAAAUUAUUUGUUUUGCUAUUAUCCACAAUCUCUUAUAUUUCUGCAUGAUUCUGCAGAAAUUUACAAAGUUGACAUGUGGGCUUAAAAUGAAUGACCAUGAAAAGAUCGUGAUUUUGACAUUUAGAAGGAAGUCUUUCUUUAUUUAUAUGUAAACCACAGGUACUAGCCACAUCUGUCAAUACACCUAUACUAUAAUUAUAUUAUAAGUGUAUUGACAGACGAGGCUAGUACCUGUGAUAUUAACCAUUAUUUCUGUAACCUGUGUAACAUUGAUGUUAAAAUGACAAUAUACAUAACCAUUAUGCUGUCUCAACAUGACACUUCAGAGUUCACUAAAAUAAAAACUAUUACAUUACUGUCAAUACUGGCACAUUAAUAAGAAAUAAACUCCCAAGUUUACCUGUUCAAAAUGUAUUCAAAUGUCAACUAAAUAUAGUAUCUUCCAUUGUUUUUACCUGGGUAAUAGAAGAAUGAAACUGUGUUGGGUUUUUUUGCUUUAAUUUUGUAAUUAUUUGGUUGAUAAAGGAUAUCAGACUAUUCAUGUACAUGCAUAUUAUUGAAAUGUUGUGUCAGUUAGUUUAUAGUUUUAUAUAAAUAGCUUGUGUUUGUGCAGUUUAAUAUGAUUUUUUUUCUAGAUUUAUUGUGAACACGUCCUGAUCUUAUAACCAAAUAUGCAAAGGUUACUUAUUCAUGAUAUCCUAAUUUGCUUGCUCUCUUCUCAUUUUAUUUAUUUUGUAGAAAGUAAUUUCCUUAAAAAGACAUGUAUCCAAGCCGUACUUAUAAAUUAUUCUGAUAAACUGACAUUAUCUAUCAGUAUCCGAUAAUCUCGUUCAGUUUGUCAAGUCUGUCAUCAUAAACAAAUAAAUGUCAUAAUUUAUGCCAUUGCGAUGUCAAAUUAUAAAUUGGUAACAAAACAAAAACCCAAACCAUGAAACAAGAGUCUAUACCAAAUAUACUGUUUUGUCAAUUUUUAAUGUUUUAUAGAGAAACUGCAGACAAAAUAAUCUAUUUAUUAUUGCUAAUGAUUUCUCUUGAUCUCAUGGUGAUACAAUGUAGAAUCUCAUGUUCAUAUACACCUUGAUUGUGAUUUUUUCAGCUUAUACUGAAAUACAGAGAGACCACUACACUGUUUUAAUAGAGCUGCGAUGAUUUUAUGUUUGAAAUAUUUUUACAUCAAACAUGAUGAAAAUCUCAAGUUAAUCUUACAAUAGUCCUAAUAUAUGUUCCAUAGCAAAAAUUGUAGCAGAAACAUCACACUCUGUAACAAAUUCAGCCAAGUCAAUUAAUAUUGCAGGUUGUGUUUCUGCACAACAAAUUGCGUAGACAUUAUCAGACUGUCAUGAAAUUUUGUUGCAUGUACAAAGACUAUAAGCCUCAGUUGGAUUUAGAGUGAAAUCUGUGGAAAAGUAAUCAGCAUAUUCUUUAAAAAACUUUCGUAUUUGGUUGACAGUAACCACAAAAUAGUAUAAUCAAAUAUGACUUGAUAUAUAUUCCUUUAAAACUUGGGUCAGCAUUUAUGCUGUACAAAAGAAAGGCUAAGUAUGAAUUUGUUGGCAAAAUUAACAAGGGAAAUAACUCUUGUACACUUGAGGUAAUAUGCAGAUCUCUCUGUAGUUCAUUAUAGAAACAUGUUUUACUGUAACAAACCAAACCAAACGUGUAUUGUCAUAUUUUUUUGUACACAAUUUUAUAUAUCCCGGUUUCUGAUGUGAUCUGACAUUGUUUAUGUGUAUGAUACACUUGUCAACUUUAAAUGCUCAUUAUGUUAAUCCUACAUUAAUAUGAAUACAUAAUGUACCUGGUAGAUAAAUGCAUUAUUCAAACAGGAUUAACAUAUCUACAUAAAAACAAAAGAAAUCUGUCUUGGUUACUGUUAAAAUUAUUUUUUAGCUGAGGGAUUUAAUAUGAUAGUACUGGGUACAUAAUAUUACCGUAAUAACAAUUAUCAUUUAUAUAUAUAUCUACAAAGGUUUGGGAAGGCUGAAAGGUAUUAUUUUGACGGAAUUUCUCCAUUGAAUGCUUUUCUUGGUAAUUUGUUUUUUUUUACUACGUUGAACAUUACAGAUUAUGAUAUUAUUAAAUGAAUUGUACGGUUAUACAAUUACAUGCAAAUGCUUAGAGAAUUACUAUUUUCCUAGUGAAAGACCCAAAAAAGUACCUAAUUGUUUUUUUUAGUUUAAAAUAAUACAGGAUCAACAGGUACAUGUAUUUCUCCACACUUUACUAUUAAAGUAACUAGCCUGUGUAGUUUAGCGGCAUUUACAAGUUAUAAACAAGUUUCUCAAUGUGUACAACUUAUUUUCCUUAACAAUCUCUGUCUGUCUUCUUGGUUCUAGGAUGAAAUAUGUUAUGUCACCUCUGUGAAGAGUUCCAAGGUAGAAUAACGCCAAGACAUAAGAGACAUUAAGUUGUACAUAGAAUAUAAUUUAUUUUUUUAUCUCAUGUCACACUUUAAUUUGCAAAAGAAAAAGGUAUUUUGUUAUCUGUUACUCGAGCAGUUGCUUUUUGUAUGUGUCGCAUCAAUUUUUAUAUUACUUCUGUGUGAAAUGACACAAUAAUUGUGUCCUGGUUUUUUUAUAUAAAAACACCCAUUUGGCAAGAGGAAGUGUUAUAGUUGGCAUCCAGUCUUGGGAGAGUUUAUCAUGUACAAUUUACUCACUAAAACAAGUUAGGUUAUACCAUGUAAUCACAAUUCGUUCUUUUGUUGCAGAUGUAUUGAUUUAUCUCAAUUUGUCACAGCACUUGUUUUCCUUCACUCAAAUCUCUCCCAAUUCUUGGGGUCCUGAUAUAUAAUAUUACGUUGUAGAUCAUUUCAGAUUGUUGAUCCUGGUCACAGACGUCAUUGACUCAUAUGAGUUUAAUUAUACUGUACCUGGUACCACCUGCUACGAAGUAAGAAAGGCUAUUCUGAAAUCAGGUUGUUGUCUAUCUAUCAGUAGUCAGAAUCUUGUCCAGCAGUUUUCAUCCGAAUAUUUUCAUAUACCGACCAAAAUCAAUUGAAGGCUUUUUAACUUGCAUCGUCAGCUUUAAAUGAUUAUUUUUUUAAUCUUGCAUUUUUGUGGGAGUUAUGUUCCCUUUUUCAAAAAAUUUCACCGAAUUAUGUCUCAGGUACAACUGAAACCGGGUUUUUUUAUCAAAAUUUUGUAAUAUCUUCACAGAUGCAUUUACUUCACUCAGAAAUUAUGCACCUAUGCUUAUUUUCACCAGUGUUUAUGAAACUUGGUACACAUGAAUAGUAGCUGUAAUAGGUAGUUCUGUGAUUGCAACUUAUAUUUUAGUUGAAAUAUUUUGUUAUUGAUGUUAUGCCUCCUUAUUGAUUGGUUAUGACAGAUUGUGUAUUCAUUGAUGGUGUCAAGACCUCUGUUGUUCCAUUGUUAUCAGUGCAGAUAGGGAAAUCCUCAAAUUUAUCAUCUUUAAAGAUAUGGUUAAAAUUCACUUUAUAUUGUUACAGUGUGUAUUUUUGUUGGUGCACAUAUAACACAUAUCAUACUUUCAUGAAUUAUAAUAUCCUCACAAGAAAGAUAAUCAGAAAACAAAUAACGAAUUUUGAUUUAAGGCACACAACUGUAGCAAGUUAAAAUAUUUGAAUUGCAGAAAAUCUUUUAAGCAACAUUUCCAUUUAUUCUAUUUUCCAAUAUUUGAGAUUUUUUCCCCCUUUUUCCUUUCAUCAAAUGUAAUAAAGAACAUUUAAAACUCACAAUUUGAUUAACCAAUAAUUUUAUUUUCUAGCUUUUACUUUGUAUGUAUUCUUAUACAUUCUCAAGACAUUUUUGUCUUUAUAACCCUGUUCUAAAUCGCACAAGAGUGUUAAGUCCCGUCAAUCAAUUAGUUUAUUACAAUUGUUCCAUACCAAUGGAAGACAAUGGGGACAUAGAUAUAGAGGACCACAAGCCAGUUUAUUUUACCUAGGAUAUUCAUAAGGACAGGGCUUUUAUUUGACAUUCUUUUUAUCAUACAAUAGUCCUUUAUUGAUCAUGGAUUGUCCUGGAUUUGAUUUUAUCAGAUCUUCAUGCAUGUUAUAUUUCAUGGAAAGGACAGAAAACUUUACAAGUGUGUUUCUGAUUUAGCAAGUGAAAUUCUUUAUCAUUCGAAGACAUUCCUAACGGCUAAAAUAGUCUGUUUCAACCCCUGUACUUGUGUCAUCACAAUUGGUGUUGUAACACAUAUCACAUGCAUGUAAAACAAUCAUGUGAUGGUACUAUUUGAAAUAAAAGUCAAAUCAAAAUAUAAAGUGCUGUCUCCAUAUGUACUGGUAAUGCAGCACCAGGUAUACAAUAUCUGUUAUGUUGGUUCUUAUUCUUCAAGUCUAAAAAAAACUUGGUGACACAACUGUAUUCUGAUACCCUGUCACAACCUAAAGACUAACACCAUGACACAGUAUUAUUAAAGCCAAAUCUUCUAUUAAUGCCUCAGUUAAAAUUAUAACAGGUUUAAUAUUUAAUAUGUUUACCUGUUAGAUUGAUAUAGUUUCUAAUUUGUAUGAUGCAGUGUAAUUCUUUUUUGGCAAACUGUAUCUAUUACUAAAGAUUCAGUCAUCUGUGUGUGUGUUAUUUAUGUUUAUCUUAGAAAUGAUUAGAUCUGAAACCUUAUACAUUAUUUAUACUCGUAACAAACAUCUACCUGCAAAUACAUGUAAUCUGUAGUCUAUUGUUUGGUUUAAAAUGAUAUGUGUAUACCAGUAAUUUCCGUUACACUUUCGUCCACCCAACUCAAACUUCAUACCAUUCAAAGAUCCAAGCCCCGGUACUUUUGAAUCAUUUUAC